AUUCGGUGCACUCAGGACUACAUAGAAGGGGAAACGAAAGACGCAUACUUUCAAUCGCGACCUCUGAAACGAGCAAAGAAUGUCGUUGCAGGGUGCAGGCACUAGCACGUUGCCAAGCACAACAACACCAUGCCCAUUAAAUCGCAGCAGCCAAAGGCAGAGGCGAAGAAUUCCUGUGACUGCUGUGCUUGCAACGCCACGAGAAGUUCAGAUUCAGAAGCGAUCCACGCUUGAGGCGCUGCAAGCUGCUCGAACUAUCACGGCAGUGAAAACACCUUAUCUUGAGAAUGGCCGCAUGGAUCUGGAAUCCUACGACAGAUUAUUAGAGCAGCAAGCACUGGGAGGUGUGGAGGGAGUCAUCGUCGGAGGAACGACAGGGGAAGGCCAGUUGAUGAACUGGGAUGAGCACAUCAUGCUCAUCAGCCACACAGUCAAUGUGUUCGGGAGGAACCUUCUAGUCAUCGGGAACACAGGCAGUAACUCCACCAGAGAAGCCCUGCAUGCCACAGAGCAGGGCUUUGCCGUGGGCAUGCAUGCCUCCCUGCAGAUCAAUCCUUACUAUGGCAAAACUUCCAUGCCAGGCUUGGUAAGGCAUUUUGGCGCAGUGCUGGAUGAGGGGCCAGCCAUUAUCUACAAUGUACCUGGCAGAACUGGCCAGGACAUCCCGAACGAUGUUGUAUAUCAGCUUGCCACCCACCCCAACUUCCUGGGAGUCAAGGAGUGCACAGGCAACCAGAGAAUACAGGACUACGCGAACCAGGGCAUCCGGUGCUGGAGCGGCAACGAUGACGAGGCGCACGCGGCGCGGCACGAGUUUGGCGGGCAGGGGGUGAUAUCGGUGACGUCCAACCUGCUGCCGGGGCUGUACUCGCGGCUCAUGAACAGCCCCAACCCGGAGCUCAUGGACAGCCUGCAGGCGCUCGUGGCCUGGCUCUUCUGCGAACCCAAUCCCAUCGGCGUCAACACCGCCAUGGCGAUGUGCGGCAUGGCAAAGCCAGUGUUCCGGCUGCCCUACGUGCCCCUCAGCUAUGAGCAGAGGGUUGAGGGAGCGAAGCUGCUCAGGGCCGUGGCAGAGCAUUUGCCCGGCGUCACAGACAUCAAGGUUCUGGAUGAUGAUGACUUCAUUCUCAUUGGCAGGCACUGA